ACGGAGCAACGACCUGAGAUUACGAUAAUGACCAUGAAAUAUCGGUUCAACUUCAUCAUCUCGACCGCUUUUGUUUUUGGGUGUCAACAGCUAUGGCCGCACUGGAAGCAGCACACUCUAUCUUCUCUCCUUCUUAUCUUUCCGCUUUUCCAAAACCCCCAAAAUCUUCUCCCUGCACAAUUCUCCACCUUUCCAUUUCUAGCCCUACUCUUUUCCUCAGAGCCCCUCCCUGUCCCCUUCCUCUUCUCCCUAUCAACCAAACAAGAAAAUCUUCAAGCUUUGAAGUAUGGUCAGCAGUGGAGGAGAUAGCAGUGGAAGUGAAACCAGAGCAAGAAGAAGAAACCCAACAACAAUCAGAGCAAGAAGAAGAAGAAACCCAACAACCGAGAUUGAGGAAAAAGCUGUUUGUGCUCAAUUUGCCAUGGACUUUUAAGGUUCUGGAUAUCAAGAACCUAUUUGGUGAAUGUGGAACCGUUUCAAGUGUAGAGAUUAUAAAGCAUAAGAAUGGGAAGAGCAGAGGGUAUGCAUUCGUCACAAUGGCUUCCGGGGAAGAAGCACAGGCUGUCGUUGAUAAGUUUGACUCUCAUGAAUUGUUAGGUAGGAUUAUUAAGGUUGAAUUUGCGAAGAAAUUGAGGAGACCAGCACCACCUCCACCCGCAAGUCACCUUGUUGGAGAGACACGCUAUGACCUUUAUGUGUCCAAUCUUGCAUGGAAAGUGAGGUCCAGUCAUCUCAGAGAAUUUUUUGUUGCUGCCGGUUUCAAUCAGGUUGCUCCUAGAGUUGUCUUUGAGGGAAAAAGGUCUGCUGGCUAUGGUUUUGCCUCAUUUACCACAAAGGAGGAAGCAGACUCUGCAAUUGCUGCUUUGGAUGGGAAGGAGUUAAUGGACCGGCCACUUCGUUUACGAUUCAGUACGAAGACAAUUGAGGAUUCUAAAGAUGGAAAGGAAGAGGAAGCCACUUCCGAGGAACCUCAAGAAGAAGCCACUUCUGAGGAACCUCAAGAGUAAUGAUUUUUGGUAUGCAUUCUUUGGUUCUAUACAUCAGUUAUUUCAGGUUAAGAAGGCAAAAUGCUGUAGCUGGAUUUUUCGCAUCUCCUUCACACAGAAGAGAUGAAAGACAGUCUGGUCCCAGCAUUUUGGAUUUGUUAUACCCUUUGUUUGUGAGUACUGCAAGCUAAAAGUUAAAGUUACAUAUUCUUCA